GCCCCGGUUCAAGGCCUUGAGUUCGCUAGUUACAGCCAUGGUAGAUGUAACCAAGUGUAUCAUCGAGUUUGAAACCCUGCCAACGCAACAAAUAAAGCUCGACCACAAGGAAAUAUCUGAUACCAAAACUCAGAUUUAUGCAGCAACCUAUUGGGUGCUUAGGAGUACCUUGACGUGCUCUUCUCUAAUCACAGACUUGAUUGCGAUGAAUGAUCAGCAAGAAGCUGGAUUCAAACACCACUAGUGCUACAUGGGAGCUGUCAAGCCUUGUUUACAAGGUGACCUACAUAUGUCAUAAAUUGCGGAAACAAGUUGACAAAUGCCACCUGCAGAUAGGUUGGUCCUGUCUCGUUACUUUUCUUCAACUUUUUUUUGGACGAAAAUUUAAACUUAGUUAUGCAUAAAUGUGAUAAUAAUACAAACACCCCUAUGAUCUUUCUCUAAUCUUCCUACAUUAAUUAGAGAAUAAGCUGCACAGGAAGUGUUGGACCUCUUUGAGAAAGAGACUCACUUAGAUAACCAAAAGGUACUCAGUACACCGUUCUCUCUGAAGGAUGACAAGCCACUAAAGGAUUGUUGUUCACACGAAAAGAUUGGGGUUCCCGACUUACUAAACAAGGUGGUGGUACUCUUGAUCUCAAAGCCAGAGAUCUUACUUACUUUAUCUUGUGCAGCAGACAUGCAGUAAUUUUCCUCGCGAUGACAGAACAAUGAGAAGAUAUGAAAUUGUAUGGGUGCCCAUUCCAUCUUCCAUUACAUCAUGGACUGACAAGGAAAAUAAAGUUUUCAAACAUUUAUCUGAGAUUUUACCAUGGUACUCAAUACGCCAGCCCUCACGAGUUAACUCAGCAGUUGUAAAUUACCUCAAACACGUGUCUGGCUUUGUAGGGGAACCAGUGAUGGUAGUAGUCGAUCAAAAUGGAAGGCUGGCCAACUUGAAUGCCAUGCAUAUGGUACAUAUAUGGGGUCCCUCGGCUUACCUUUUCACAGCUUCAAGAGAGGAAAAGCUGUGGGAGGAAGUAAACUGGUUUGGACAGCUUAUAGCUGACGAAAUUGAUCCCCUCUUAUCCAAGCAGGUAGAAGAAGGAAGAAUCUGUCUCUUUGGAAGCAGCGACAUAAAUUGGGUCAGAGAACUUUCUAGGAGGAUAAAAGAGAUGACUAAAACAGGUCUGCAGCUUGAUCUUAUCUAUGUGGGUAAGAGGAGGUUAAAUGAUGAUCAACAUGUAAGCAACAUCAUAUCCACCAUAACUCAAGAAAAACUAAGCAGUUACCUUGCUUACCCGAAGAUGCAUUUCUUUUGGCUUCGAAUGGAGAAUAUCAAAAGAUCAGAAAUCAAGCUAGGGAAGAAGGCAACAAAAGCUGAACACAUUCUUAAAAAUGUAGGGUCUUUGGUAAAUUUUGAUGACUGUGAGAAGAGUUGGGCCUUGUUUGGAGAAAGGUUCUCAAAAGAUAUACUGCACCUACAGGGAAGAAAACUCAUGGAGUGCCUGAGGCUUUUUCAAGUGUGGGGUGAAAACAUAGAGAAGGUCGGUUUCAUGGCAGCCAUAAGAUGUGCACUUGAGCCUCCUAUGGCAUCCUUGGAACCUUGUUAUAUUUGUAAUGUUAGUGAGUUCAUACAAGGCAAUCAAAAAGAGGAAGGAAUAGUGUUGUGUGAAGAAUGUAAACGUCCAAUGAAAAUGUUUUCUGUGUAUCAAUGCAAUGCAGUAGAAUAAAAAAACAUGGCAAAUACGAUGCAUAUGCUGCUCGAUUUUCAAG